ACAUGUUGGUUUUGAAAAAAAUUUGUCCAUAAUAGAAACAUAAACUCGAAAAACACAAUAAAGAUACAAGUCAUAUAACCUUUUCCUUACGCACGUGCGACGCACGUGCUAAACAAACUAGUCCCUGAAUCCCUGAAAACCUCCCUCUCAAUUUCCCUCUUCUUAAAAAAAAAUGGCUCUUUUAAACCUCCAAUUUCUCUCCCAAUCCCCAUCCGUACCUCUUCAAUCUCCCUCCUACUCAUUCAUCAUCUCGUCAACCAGGCGCUCACUCCUCUCUCUCCCCCCUCCAAUUUCUCUCACUUCCUCUCGUCCUAGGGUUAGGGUUUCUAUUAGUUACCAUCAAGAAAAGGGACGAGAUGAAAUCUUGAAGGGGUCGGAGGAUGAUUUGGGUGAGGACAGUGAAGUUUUCAAGAAGACACUGAGAUUGGUUGAGUGCUCCAUGUUCGCAUCGGUCGCUGGUCUUGCUUAUUUACUGAGCAAUUCACUAGCCAUUGAGAACUACUUUGGCUGUUUUUUCUCGUUGCCAAUAGUGAUUUCUUCAAUGAGAUGGGGCGUAGCAGCUGGUAGAAAAACCAUGGUGGCUACUGCUAUUUUGCUCCUCACCUUAUCUGGUCCAGUAAAGGCAUCUACAUAUCUGCUUAUGCAUGGACUGGUUGGCAUGACCAUGGGAUCGUUAUGGAGGUUGGGUGUAAACUGGGGUCUUUCAGUAGCUAUAUGCACAUUUGUUCGUGCAUUGGGAGCCAUUGGAUAUGUUUUAAUAUCCUCGUUCUUGAUAAGGGAAAAUAUACUAAACCUGAUCACCAUUAAUAUCCACGCUUCUCUCACCUACAUCUUCAUGUCCAUUGGUGUAAAUUCCAUUCCUACUAUGGAUGCCAUAUACACUAUUUUUGGAAGUCUGUUGUUGGUCAACUGCGGGUUCUUCGUAUUCUUGCUGCACAUUCUCUAUGCAGUGUUUCUUACUAAGCUUGGGAUGAAGGAAUCUUUAACACUUCCUGGAUGGCUAAAGAAAGCAAUAUAAUGAGGAGCAGUUUCAUGUAAUCCCAUUUUAUUUGAGUUUUAUUCAGGGGAUUGAUAGGAAUUUAUAUACUUGUAUCAAAUAUCAUUGUUGUAAGAUAUCACAUUCAUCAUUAACCACAAUAAAGGAUAAUAUUUCCCUGUGCAA